GCAUACCCGCGCAGGUACUAAACUGCGCCCUGGCGAGCGGCGGCUCCAGUCUCGCAGUCGCAAAAGCAACAUGGCAACGAGGUGAUAGGAGUCGACGCGCGGCCUCGCAACACCGCAGAUCGGGCACGAACAUUCUGCGCGUCGCAUCGUCGGGGAAACCGAAAUGCGAUCGGUCCAAACUUUAGUCCAACCAUCGGCAACGCUAUGGCUUGCGUCUCGGAGCUCGGACUGUGGGCGGGAUUACUUCUGCUUCUUGGCUUUUCAACUUGGACGGACGCUCUUGUGAAGACCAAUGGGAGCGAGGCAGCCCAGCUGGCGGCGGCGGCCGCCGCGCAGUCGGCUGCGCAGCAGAGGGGCUCCCUGGUGGUGGGACUGAGCCGCGCCAGCGAGAGCUACGCCGAGAUCGCCUGGCGCCUCGAGCAGCCCAGCUCCAAGGACCGCGGGCGCGGCGAAGAGGACGAAGACCCGACGUCCCGACUCUCGGCGUGCGAACUGGCGUACGGCCCCCUCGAGGACCCGUACCAGGUGGAGGUGAUGUCCAACUUCAUGCCCCGAGGCCCCACCUUCAUCGUGGGUGGACUGCGGCACAACACCACGUACCACUUCCACAUGGUCUGCUACUGCUGCCUCGCCGACCCGGCGGCGGCGGCGGCGCCAGACUCCAGCGGGAACUCCACGGCGAGCCCCGAGACCAAGCUCACCUCGAACGUGCUCAGGUUCACCACAGGUGUUUACGUCGGAGGCGCCGGCGACCAGCAGUCCCCGCACCAGCGGUCCUCGUCGUGGCCCAGCCAGCAGCAGUCGCGGGGCGGCAGCAGCAGCGAGGAGUGGCGCCAGCGGGACCCGUACCAGGGCUCCUACCACUCGGUGUACAAGCAGACCAUACUGCGCGACGAAGAGAGCAGCAGUCGCGCCGUGCCUUCCUUCAACGUGCUCCUGGGCGCGCUCACCGGCAUCGUCGGGUUCCUCAUCAUCAACGUCACCGUCGUGAUCGCCGUGCGCCGUUGCUCGCACCGGCGCAUGCGCAGGCGGAGGAUCCUCGUGCUCGAGGAUCGAGACAAUGAAGACUUCCCGUACCUCCGCCCGCUGGAAUGAGGCGUGCGUGGCGUGACGUGACGUCACCGGAAGCGCCUUUCUGGUCUUCGAACCGCGACGGUCGUCUUCGCCGAGCGACCCUCGCCCGGCAGCCUUCGACAAACAAGCAUCUAUAUCGGCGUCUGAACACAUCGCAGAGGCAUAUCACAACUCGUUAUCUCUCCAUGUUAGACUUCUUCACGAUAAGCGCUAUGCACCGCCCGUUCGUAUUCGGCUGUGUACGAUCCCACGUGACCGUUGUCGACCUCCUUUUGACUCGUAGAGAGUCGUUAACGGACAGUUCACUUGAGAUACCGCGGCACCGCCCUCAGUGCUGAACGCGUUGAGGACCCGUGACCAGGGGCUAGCAACAAGGAUGUCCAGCUGCUGAGCGCGAGGUCGUGAGCUCGAUCCCCGGCCGCGGCGGCCGCGUUUCGUUGUAGGAGGAAGGAAAAGAAAGGUUCCGUAAAAUUUUGCGUUGAGGAAUGACAGGGGUCAAAAUUAAUCUGGAACUUACCACGGCUCGGUUUCUAUAGCGUUCACCCGCGCUGUAGAGUUUCUACCGGUCGGUAUGACGUAUUGCCACUUACGGAAUGACGUAUUACCACUUACGAAAUGACGUAAUACUGCAAAACGCAGAGAUAAGCCACAGCGCAGGUAACGCCAUCUUGUGGCCUUGAAUUUAGCCAGAGAACUCAUUACUAUUACUUCUACUUACCUACUUCUGCUUAGGGAUUGGAUUAAGGACGUCUUUAUCGAUGAUAAUUAACGUGUUUGUUAUUUUUUUGUUUCGGUGAGAACACGCAUGCAAUAUGAAAACGUUCCUAACGCGUUGUAAUUUAACAAAACGUCACAAGGUGUUGCCACCAACACUGUUCCUGUCGCCCUCUUCUCCGGUGUUCUGGCAUCUUGUAAACGUUAGUGGCUUAUGGACAGGCCGGAACUCUUAUUGAACCUGGUAGCGGGAAUGUUUAUCAAUGCUGCAUUUCGAUUUGUUUUGUCGGUGUCACGGUAUCGCAGCCAUCGACGUCAUGUCGUCUGCCUGUACAACUCGUACGGGCGGCGGAUAUAUUGAGUACAAAAAACUUGGUUUUGCGCAAUUGUUUAUCGCUUGGCUAACGCCAAUAUGGCGCGUCGAGUUCAACUAUUUGCCGUUUUUGUUGUUUCGAGUUGUGACUGUUCGUAGUUGCUGGGAGUUGUGGAUGAAAUUUCUAUUGCAAUACAGUUUGACGCGAGUUGGAACACUUUGGGUAUGAAUUAUGGCUGUUAAGUUGGAUGAGCAAAUGCACUGCAUAAUGGACGCUGUUUCGUCCAUUGCGCAAUCGACGAGACAGUUGGGCGUUCGCCAUUUUGAUGCGAGAAGCAGUAGUGCACCAAGAUGUUGUUACAGACGUUGCAGAGCGACGGGUGGUGGAGAUUUAAGUCGCAAUCCUCGAGUGGUGGUGCCGAUUAUCGCAUGAUUGUUGUUUCCGUGCCUGUAAGAUAACAACGAAGGGCUUUUAGAAAGGCGGAUAUCCACCCACGCACAGUUUUCCACGCAGACUGCUGGGUGGAGAUUGAGUGAGCCGUACAGUUUUCAGGAGGACAUUUGUGUGAAUGACAUUUUCGAGCGCUGUUUCGAGAUGUCAUUUUCUGGGAGUACAGGUGCUGGAAGGGCAGCCUACAGGGCAAGCAGAGCGCAGAGAGGUUCCAAGGAAGUCGACCUAAUUCCAUAAAGAAAGAAACAUUUUGACUGAGAAUAGCUCUGCAAGAAAGUUUUUGCUGGAGGGCGAUUCUCACUGGGUCUUCAAAAAGCGUGACUUCAGCUAUGUUUGCAUGCAUCCGAUAAAGUGAAGUUGAAUCGGCUUGUCGGGCUGAAAUAUGACCGUCUAUUUCAUGUAAACGCUAGCGGUUCGUACGAAGUGAGCGUCGAAGCGAGUUCUGUCAAGCCUGCAACACGCAUGGCAAGAUAACCGUAUACGUGGUCGGGUCGGGGCUGGGUCAGCGCCGAGUUCUAGUAAACCAAACUUCUGAAGUCCGUGCACUUUGUGUGGCGACAAUAUCGGCGACGUCAGCGGCGCCGCUUAGUCAUCUGUUGCGCAGUUGUACUAUAUUCCGCGUGUUUUAUCUUGUCGAAUGUAGUUUUAAGAAAGUUGAGAAAGAUAGCUUGUUAUUGAUGACACAGUUUAUGGAAUUGUGCCGCGAGGUUGUGCUGUGUUGUUUUAUUGCCGUUUGUUUGCCGGCCUCUGUAGUCAGUCGCGAAGCCGUGCCCGAUAUUGCAAGUCUGGUUUGGGGCCUUUUAAGUCAAGUGUAGCCGCGAUGUAUGCAAUCGUUCGUAAUAUCCAUGUGUUCGUGUUAAACGUCCAUACUGCUUAAUUUUGGGCUAAACAAGAGAGAGAGAAAGAAAAAUAAAACUAAUCCGUAUAUGCUAGAAGGCAGCUCUUUUUUCGUAUUUAAUACAUUCUGACUUUAGAAAUACUAGAUUUAGUGUCACAAAUUCUAUGCUUUCUGUUUGUGCCAUAAUUUGUUUAAUGUUACUCUACACGUGCUCGUCAUGUUGCGUGGCGUCGGUAUUUGAUUUCGUAACCAUUGCCAGUGCCAUACGAUCCCCAGGAGGAGGAGUACAGCGCUGUCAGCGUGGUCAAUGUUGGCGCAAUGUUGGGCUAACGUUUGCACAGUGGUGGGCACACACGGGCCCCGAUUGCAGCGCUCCUAGGAAUGGCUCCCACCUAUAUCAGAUUCGUGUACUUAGGGCGUUUAUUUAUUUGGCUCCACAUUGAGAAGUCGUUUGGUGUCGGUUAAGCGUCGCACGCCGCAUUUGUUUAAACGUCUUGCGCCAGUGACCGUUUCAUACUCCGGUCUGCUCCUUGAUGCGGACAGGUGAAGGAAUAGGGAAGCUCGCCGAGAUAUUGCAACUCUUAGGAGGAUGUGUUCAACUUAGGCUAAUGCGAUAGCAGAUACUUGGAGCAGUUAGACCGCUCAUUUAGCAAUGUGCUGGGUUUACGCGCACAAGUAGUAAACGUGCUAAUGAAUCGGAAUACGCACUUGUGUCAACAGAAGCGGUGUGUUUUCCUCUCCCACACAGAACGAACCACCGUACUGCAAGAGCCUUGUCCGCAUAUACCGUUUCAUCGAAUCUCGACACGUCAGGUGUGUUGUCUUCGCACAACCGACGAGGUAUCUCCGAAUCGUUUGGGUAAUGUCCUCACAAAUUUACCCGCCGUGGUCGUUGUGCUGCUGAGCGAGAAGUCGCGGUGGCCUUGUUCCGAUGGGGCGAAUCGAAUGCAAACACACCCUCGUGUGCCGUGCAUUGUGUACAUGUUAAAGGACCACAGGUAACCAAAAUUAAUUCGGAGCCCUCCAACACAAGCCUUCCUCGUAAUCCAAUUCACUCGUUUACAUUGUUUCAGCGUAUCGUGUCCAAUGCGUUGGUCGCCCCGUAGUUCUUCCUACAUGGUGUCUUUUCUCUUGACUCGCGGCCGUAUUGUCUAGAAUGUUUCGGUCACAUGGCGCUGCGAUCGACGUUUAGCUCUGCUACACGACGUCGCGAAAAAGGUAACAGAAACGCCUGCAACGCCACAUUUUUUCCCUUUAUUUUUUAUUUUUAGGAUCCUGCGUGUCAUCACGACGAGACCAGUGAAUGGUCUUGUCACCCGCACAAUUCUUAACAUAAAAUUUACGUAUGUUUUAGGUUGGUGGCGAUUGAAUGAUACAACUUAAUUAGCUACAAGUUUUUCGUCGAGAUAACUUUAAUGCUUGGCGACAUUGUUGACGACACAGUUUGGCAUUACUGCCUGUAGCCGCAUAACGUAACGACGUUGCUGUCGUAUAAGUAUAGUCAGUUGUGAGUUAUAUCGUACAAGGCGAGCAUGUCAAGGAUGGCGUAUUAGUAUACCUCAAUAUUUCCCCUUGUCACAUCGCAGCCGAGCUUAUACUCCCGUGUUCAGAAGUGUUCAUUUAUUCUUUCAUCAUUUUUAUAUUUCUCUCGGAACUCGUAUCUUGUAAAUGUAUUUUGUCUACUUAAUACCUACUUAAGAGUUUGCCGCUCUUAUUUGCGGUGCAUAUAUUUUACAUCCCUGCUUAUUUAUCUUUAAUUAUUAUACGCGUGCGUACGUACGUGAACGUUUGUGUGUGCGUGUGUGUGGACCUAUUGUAGUCUGUCAUUGGUGUGAGCUGUCACGUUGGCGACCUCAUCAGAGAGUUAUAUCGUGCUGUCAAACUAUCGUCGUGAACCCCAGUUAGCCGAAGGACUCUUAGCCCACAAACUGUUUCUUCAAUGUACUCAUUGGUUUUCUCGUACAGUCGUUGUUCAGGGACCAAGUCCAUCGCGGAAGAGUAUAUCAUCUAGCGUAUAGGGUGGUUCUUGGUUCGCAAAACUCGGCAACAAUCGUGAAGUGUUGAGAGAACGUUGUAAUUGGAUGUUAUUGGAACGAAGGCUUAAUGAGAGACAGUGUAGAAGGGGUUCGAACGCGCUACCUCUUCGUGCUUCGCUCCGCUCUUCAUCCCACGCGCUUUGUUGGCGGCACGAGAGGUGUCUCGUUUCUCGUUGAGCCUACUUCUGCCGCUCGUAGCCUGGCUUAAUUGCGCAUGGUUAUACUUGAGAUGCAUGAAUGGAGAGUUCAUUCAGUUCCGUCUGAGCGCAUGCAGCAAGGAGUCGUAACGAAAACCCCUUACGAGUUCGUGGGAUAGAAAGCUUCGUCGUUCGGAAAGGAAUCGUCCUGUUGAGAGAUUCGAACCCAGGACCGCCGCCUGACCACGGCAGUCGCCAUACCAGCUGAGCUAACCAGUGGCCUAGCGGCUUGCAGCUCGAGGACGAAUACUUGAAUGGUUGCUAGCCUCCCAGUCAGCUCAGUUGGUAGCUCGCGACUGUCCUGGUCAUGUAGUGGUCCUGGGUUCGAUCACCGGACCGGGUCGAGUCGUUCAGCUACGAAGCUUUCUUUGCGAGAAAGCAUAUGAACCCCUCUCGUGAGUAUACAUUGACGUCGCACGUUUUCACAUGACUCUAGGUGUUUGUAUCUUCGUCUCUUCAACACUAAUGAGACUUACGAGUAUGCCUCCGUUACGUUUCAUCUUCUGUUAGUCAUCACGUCGUUGAUUGGGGCUUUGCGUUUGCUUGAACAAUCAAAGAAAAAAAAGAAGUCGCACGCACUGCAGCUUUUGCCGUACUCACCUCACCGAUGACUUGCACUCUGAAGCGUGUUCGAAGCACGCGCAAUACUGGCAGUACCACCGCAAAGUAAAAUCAUUCUCGUUACCAGCGGCGCGCCGCGGUAUGAACGCAGAAUUGGUGCAGCACAUCGAUGGUUACGCCGGCUAACAUCGACUCUACGAAACUCCCUUCGCAUUAUCACGCUAACUUCGCUCUUAUUUUUAUCUUGUUAUUGCGUGGUAUGUUGCGUUUCCAUUUAUAUUAUACCGAAGCGCGCUAACCCGACGAAGGCUAUACACGAAUAAAAUUCGUCCUUGUGAAAACGUUUUUAAGUCGUAUAUUUAUCGUUCGCCCGUUGUAUUUUGCUCUGACAUGUGAAAUCUGAAUGUCAUCCGUAUGUCAUACCAAGUGGGAACGGGUAACUUAGUAGAGUCCAGCUUCCAAUUGAUGCGGAUACUUAGGUACACCUCUUUUAUAUCGCUGUCUGCAUGAUGUGCUAUGUCUGCGCAUUAGAUGUAUAGAGAGGUGCCGGCAGUCUUUUUUAAAUUGUCACUAAAUAGAGAUAUUGCGCUAGACCGCUGGGUAACGCUUCUUAAAUUGCAAAUGGUCAGGGCUAAAUAAAGUGAAAAAUUCGUACGCCGUAAGUGACGUAACUCGAAAGAGGAGCGCCGACUUUUCCGUGACAUAAUUUAGAAAUCGUAUGCGUGAAGGUUGAUGUUUCCCGUGUACUUGGAUUUAG